AUGUUGAAUCGCUCAUAAAAAGGUAUUGAAAUUUUUAGUGAUAAAUCUUGUUGCCUGAAUGGAUGUUUGACAAUAAUUGUUUUGUAUUUUGAUUCUGUAAUUCUUAAAGAAUCAAGCUGUCGCUACAUUAAGUUACCUCAGUUAACAAAUUUUUCUGGUUUUAUAAAAUAAAACCCAACUUAAAAAGUAAUAGAAAUUCAAUAUUAUUUUUUUAAUGAAAAAAUAGGGCGUAAAAUAAAAAAAAGAAGAUUUAUUGGUUUCUUUUAAAGAUAUUAAUGAAUCAUUCCUCCAUAUAGCUUAAUUGAAAUAUAGAUAAGUGAGAAGAUCUAAAACUGUCGAUAAUUCUCUUAUUAGAUUAAAUUCAAGACGAAACCGAAAAAGAAAUGAUCUAGGUAGAAAGUUAACGACAGAUCGAAUAGGAAUAGAUGUUAAUUGUUGGAAAAAUAGAUAUUCUCUAAUAUUUUUAAGUUAAUGAUUUUAAUUAAUAAAAUUCCUUUGUAGAAGAAUUCAAAAAUUGAAAGAAGACCUGAUC